CUGACAUCGUUGCCUCAACCGCACUAACUGUCGCAGAUUCUUGCCUUGUGUUGUCAACGCGACACUUGCAGCUCAACCUCAACGACAGCACAAACAACACUAAAGGACAAAGCAUGGCGUCACCACUCCAACAGCCUCCCGCAACCGACUGUAAGAGCAAAGAUGCCAUGUAAGUGUUCCUCAGUCUAGUCAGUACAGAGAGUUUAUGCUGACCCACGAAUCUAGCACCAAGCGUAACCCACGCGAGUCGCCUCUCCUUUGCCUUCCUGCCGAGCUCGGAUACCGAAUCUAUGAGAACAUGCUCUGCGAAGAAACCGUUCGAACUCUUCAAGUUCACCGGCGCAACCUGUACGAAAACGAGGCCGAGGCGCCAUGCAAGCCAGACCUUGCUCUGCUACAAGUCAGCCGCCAGACUUAAUUCGAGACCUCAACACUACCGGUAGCCCACAACACUUUAUUCAUCGUUCGGCACCCGGACGAGACUCGCUUCUUCACGGCUCUUGCAGAUACGCAAAAGUCUGCGAUCACGUCUCUCAAGCUUGAGUUUGUCUGGUACGGCCCUGCCCAAGCUGGCCUCGCUUUCUAGUUCGGGGAUAUUGAUGUAUGUUGCAGUUUUAAUAGUCCUCAUUUCAGGAUCUUGGAGUCACUGACUGGCCUGAGGACUAUCCACCUGAAAAUCGUGUCUGUCUGGGACAAUCCUGUAUUCGCGGAAGAUUACUGUUGCGGUACUAGUCGGUCCAUACGAGACCCUAUUACCCUUACUUAGACUGUUCUGGAUUAGCACGUUCCAGAGUCAGUAU